GGGGGCCAAACGGCGGGUUCUUUCCCAGAGGUCGCUGGUGUGUUCGGGGCGUUGGAGUCAUCGUCCUCGAGUCUUUCCCCCCCCACCCUCCUUUUUAUCUCGAAUCUUCGGCAGCCGAGGCCGGUGCUUGAAAGCGCGCAAGCAGCAUGGAGGACAGCGAUAUGGAUAACAUGGGCUCCCUGCGUCCGCAGACCUUCCUUUUCGGCUGUGAACUGAAGGGAGAUAAGCCAUACCACUUUAAGGUGAACGAUGAAGAAAACGAACAUCAACUUUCUCUAAGAACAGUUAGUUUAGGAGUUGGUGCUAAAGAUGACUUGCAUGUUGUUGAAGCAGAAGCAUUGGACUAUGAAGGCAACCAGAUAAAAGUGACACUGGCAUCCUUGAAGAUGUCGGUUCAGCCUACGGUUUCAUUAGGUGGCUUUGAAAUUACACCUCCAGUAAUUCUGAGAUUGAAAAGUGGUUUGGGGCCAGUUUAUGUCAGUGGACAACACCUUGUAGCUUUAGAGGAAGAACCAGAAUCUGAAGAUGAAGAGGAUAAACUACAGCAAAAUAUGGCAAAAAGACCUGCAGGUGUGACUUUAACUAAAGUUCCCUUGAAAAAAGCAAGGCUGGCAGGCAAGGAUGAUGACGAUGAAGAUGAUGAUGACGAUGACGAUGAAGAAGAAGAUGAUGAUGAAGACGAGGACGAAGAUGAUGAAGAUAAGACUCCACAGAAAAAACCUGCCAGAGAUUCUUUUGUGAAGAAAACACCAAAAUCAAAACAGAAUGGAAAAGAUUCUAAAUUGGCAACACCAAAGUUGACAACAUCCAAAUUGAAAGUACAAGAAUCCCCAAAAGAAAAGGCACCAGUGACUCCCAAAUCACCAAAGCCUGUAAAAUCACCAAAACAAUUCUCUAUAGAGGAGAUAAAAGCAAAAAUGCAGACAAUUAUGGAAAAGGGAAGUAAUCUUCCUAAGUUAGAAGCCAAGUUUGCAAAUUAUAUUAAGAGUUGUUACAAGGCAGAAGACCCGAAGGUGAUUCAAGAGCUCUGGCAGUGGAGGCAGUCUUUGUAAGCAAGAAGUCAAAUGGUUCCUUUUUAAAUGAUGAUCCUAUGUGUUUAACCAUUAAUACCUGACUGAAGCUUUCUCUCCAGAGUCUGAUUAAUAUCGUCCAUAUUAUUUUGGCAAGAAUGUAUGGUCCACAAUGCCUGUUCAGUUUUUUAAUACCAAGAUUCCAUCCUUUUCAUUUAAAAUAUGUAUGGAACAUUUUGAUAAUGCAUAGUAGUGGUGAUCAGGGAAGGGGAAGUCUAAAUGUAAAUGUGAAAAUAAAAAUUUAGUAUUUUAA